UUGUCCACACCUCCUCAGAUGACGUUGGCGCGAGCGGUGAACCCACGAGGUGUUUGCAAUAUUUGUCUUGACUUUUCAGUCUUUAAAUCCAAUACACCGCUUAUCUUAGCACAUCAGACUGAUCGGACCUCCAGAGCACACGAAUAGCCUCCUCUUGUGCUCUGUGCUGGGUUGUAUUCUACAGUCUGUGGUUGUAUUGCAGUCGCAGGAUGCUGAGCCCGAAGCUGCUGACCCUGGUGCUGGUGGUGCAGCCGGGCAGGGUGCUGCUGGGGAUGAAGAAGAGGGGCUUCGGGGCGGGCAAGUGGAACGGGUUUGGAGGCAAAGUUCAACCUGGAGAGAGCAUUGAGGAAGCUGCCAGAAGAGAACUGCAGGAGGAGAGUGGUUUGACAGUAGAUGCUCUGGAGAAAAUUGGAAAUAUCAAGUUUGAAUUUGUGGGAGAAACACAGCUACUGGACGUGCACGUGUUCAGAGCCGACACCUACAAUGGAGAACCAACAGAAUCAGAGGAGAUGAGGCCCCAGUGGUUUCAAAUGGACCAAAUCCCCUUUAGUCAGAUGUGGGCCGAUGACAUCCUGUGGUUUCCUAUGAUGCUGCAGAAGAAGAAGUUUGUGGGGUACUUUAAAUUUAAGGGCCAUGAAGAGAUCCUGAGCCACACACUGGAGGAGGUCAAAGAGCUCAAAUGAACUGAGAGAACAGACUAUGAGGAAAUGUAGACUCAAUUCAUGGUACUGUUUGAUACUGUUACUGUAACCGCUUUUGUAUUGUACAUUUUCAUUCUCUCCUCAAUCACACUACUGUAAUCACAACUCCUCUGGGACAGACAGGCUGAAACAUGGCAGCCAUGUGUACUACAUAAUCAAUCAUAUAAAAAUAAUACUUGGGAUAAGUUUGGCAAAUUGAGUUUCAGAGGGGUUAAAACCAGGCGAGUGGACACUUGUUCAUUGCACCACUGUGGUUUCAAAGGUCGGCCUGUCACGAUAAAAUAUGUUUAAGUUUGAAGUGUAGACGAUAACAGAUAAUACUGAAAUGAAUUUAUGCCAUUGACACAAUAACUCAAGAGCAGUUUUAAACCACAAAAACUAUUCUAAAUGUGCAAUAUUUUUAAUAAAGCAUGAGCUGCCAUAAAUAAACAGCAGAAUGACACACAGUACUUGGUUUGCAUCUGUAAUGAGUCAUACAAGUUAUUAAUUCAACCUUUUACAUCUUAAAUCUGAUCAUAUAACCAAAAAAUAAAAUUUCCCAGUAGUGCAAAGAUAAUGUAAACCCAAAAAUCACUGACUGCCAAAAAGUCAAUAUAGUAUUUAUCGUGACACGUCUACUCAAAGGUGUGCAUGUAAAUGUGUUAGAAAAGUUCCUUGUAUGAAAAACCAUGGUGCACAACGAUAUUAGGUUCAAUGAUUUUAAUCAUUUAUUAAAAACUGAGAAAAUGCGUUUGGCAAGAGGUUUAAAUACACAGUAUUUACAUUAUGUACACUGAAAUGUUUUAUAAAUUGUUCUGUUAAAAAAUUCCAGCAUAUUUACCAAAGUGUGAAUUACUUUUAUAUUUCUUCAUUUGAAUUCCCACUACAUGCAUACAGAUAUGAUUUGUUUUAAAAUACAAACUGUUCUUACUCUUA